CUCCUUUUCUCUCUCUCUACUUUGAGAAUUGACAUUCUCCCAAAUUUUUUCUUUCUUUUAUUAUCAGAACCUUUUGUAUGCCCUGCCCUGUCUCUCUCCCCAAACCCUAAUUUUAUAUCACCCGUACGCAGAUACAGGGGUGCUGAAUUGAAGUGGCGCGUGGUUAGGGGAGAGCUGUGUCAGGUUAAUUUCCGGCCUGUGUCAAAGCCUAAUACUUGGCCGGAAUUGAGAUUUAUAUAUUUUGCAAAUGGCUUCUUCCCCUGACUCUGCUCCCUCUGGUAAUAAUAGCACUAAAAGUUCACCACCACCACCUUCCUCGGGAAAAAACUCUUCUCCACCCCCAUCUCCACCAUCUUCACCACCACCACCAUCCUCGCCGCCACCAUCAUCACCCCCACCAAAAAGUCAAUCCCCUCCGCCAUCAGAUUCCAAGUCCUCACCUCCACCCGAGGGGAAGUCACCUCCACCAUCAGGGAGAAGUCCAUCGCCUCCAGCUGCUGUCAUGUCUCCGCCUGCACCUACCACCCCGGAAGUGCCUGGUGUUUUUUUUCCCCCACCUCCAAUAGGUAAUCCUGCACUCACACCAACAGAUGGACCGGCUCGUAGGUCACCAUCCAGUGGGUCGAGCUCACCAUCGAGUGGGUCGAGCCGUCAAAAAUCAUCAUCAAAUGACAACGCAGGAAGUAUUACAGGCGGAGUUCUUGGUGGUUUAGUUAUUCUGUCUGUUCUAAUGAUUGCUUGUGCAGUGUGUUGCAGGAAAAAGAAGAGAAAAUCAUACCCCCCUAAAGGAUCACAUGUUCAAUAUUACCAAGGUCGCCAGGAGUGGAAUGGUCCUCAAGACCAUGUUGUGAAGCUACAACAACAAGCUAAUGCAGGUGGCUGGGGAGCACCGCAGAGCGGUGAGCACAGCUCCAACUAUUCAGGAACAGUUCCAACACCCCGUGGACAACAUCCUGCAAAUAUGAGUUUAGGAUAUAACCAGAGCCAGUUCUCUUAUGAGGAUUUAGCCUCAGCUACUGGUGGAUUUUCUGAAGAUAAUAUGAUAGGACAAGGUGGGUUUGGUUAUGUUUUUAAAGGUGUGUUGCCUAAUGGUCGAGAGGUUGCGGUGAAAUGCUUAAAGACUGGGAGUGGGCAAGGCGAGAGAGAGUUCCAGGCAGAAGUUGAGAUAAUAAGCCGUGUCCACCAUCGCCAUCUUGUGUCACUUGUUGGAUAUUCAAUUGCUGAUACAGAGAGGAUGCUAGUUUAUGAAUAUGUUCCCAAUAAAACCUUGGAACAUCAUCUUUAUAAGAGCGGAACAGUCAUGGAUUGGCCAAGCAGGCUUCGCAUUGCCGUGGGAUCAGCAAAAGGACUUGCUUAUCUCCACGAAGACUGCCACCCUAAGAUUAUUCAUCGUGACAUCAAAGCAGCCAACAUACUCUUGGAUAACAACUACGAAGCUAUGGUAGCUGAUUUUGGUUUGGCUAAACUCUCUUCUGAUAAUUUCACUCAUGUAUCCACUCGCGUGAUGGGAACUUUCGGGUACUUGGCUCCAGAGUAUGCACAAAGCGGAAAGUUAACAGAUAAAUCUGAUGUUUUUUCAUUUGGUGUCAUGCUCUUAGAGCUCAUAACCGGAAGGAAACCAUUUGAUCCGGCAAGCAAAUAUUCGGAUGAUGGUUUGGUAGAUUGGGCGAGACCACUUAUGGCCAAAGCAUUGGAAGAUGGCAACUACAGUGAAUUGGUGGAUCCGCGCUUGGAGAAUAACUAUAACCCUCAAGAAAUGGCACGCAUGGUUGCCUCGGCUGCUGCCAGUGUUCGCCAUUCUGGUAAAAGACGACCAAAGAUGAGCCAGAUUGUUCGUGCACUGGAAGGAGAUUCGUCGUUAGAUGACUUGAGCGAUGCUGGCUCGAAAUCUAGCCAGAGCUCCACAUUGACAACAAGUCAGAUUUACGACACUGGUGCCUAUAAUGCAGAUAUGUUGAAGUUCAGGAAAAUGGUACUGGACAGUGAAGAAUUCACCAGUGACUAGGCAUCAACUCUUGUAAGAUUCUGGGAAGAUGAGAAAUUAGAUCAUGUUUUCGUCGAUUGCUAAAAUCAUUUUUCAUUAUAGCGGUUGCUGCUAUAAUUUGGUUGACAAACGAAAAUCAUGGACAGGGCACAGGUACUGGCUACUGGUACUAGAUAUAGAGUCAUUGAUUGUAUUAUUUUGUGUACUAAUUUUUUCUUGUUCCAGAAAAAAAAAGACACGGUUGUAACAUUUUAUUACGGAGGGAAAAGAGUUGGUCGAAGAUUCAGAUGCAUCUAUUA